CUUCGGUGUUCAUAUCACGUACCGCAAAGGUUUACGUCAGUUUGAUAUUGUACGCUUGUGUCUGCGGUGAUUUCGUGUCAAAUAAUCGCGAGACAAGCAACCCCGAGGACACCCGAAGAAGGUCAACAUGGGUCAGGGAGGAGGUCAUGGCUACGGGCAAGGAAGGGGGGGUAAGGGUCAAGGGUCAACGGCGGAAUUCUUAAUGAAACUCAUUAUGCUGUUCAAUGUAUUCUUUAUUAUAAUGGGCGCCGCUAUGGUCUCUUUCGGCUUCUGGAUCACCCUCGACACGGAAUUCAAGCGCUGGGUGAAAGAUCUGGGCAUGGAACACUUCUGGGUGGGCGUGUACAUCCUCAUGGCUGCCGGGGGCCUCCUCAUGAUCCAGUCCUUCUUCGGCAUCUGCGGCGCCUACCAGAGGAAGUCCAGGAUGCUGUUCAUUUUCCAAGUGUGCCUAGUCGUCUGCUUCAUCCUGGAGAUUACUGGAGCAGCCUACAUGCUCGCCAACGGCAUCCGCCAUUCCAGAAUCGAGUAUUGGCUCACCGACCGCUUCUAUAACCUGAUUGAUGUCUACAACGACGACCAGGCAUCGGCCAGGAUUAUGAACAUCGUGCAGGAGUGGGUCGGCUGCUGCGGCGCCAAGGGAGCAGCUGAUUACGUGCGCUGGAACAAGGUUAUUCCCAACACCUGUUAUGACCCCGUCACCGGAAAUGCUUGGUACAUAAAGAACUACGGAUACGUCGGCUGCGUUCGAGGAUUCACCAUGUUCUUAGAGACCAAAGCAGGGUGGAUCUCUGGUCUUGCUCUCUUCAUCGCUUUAUUCCAGAUCUUCUGUAUCGGAUUCACCUGCUACUUCAUCCAGGGCAAGAGAGCUUACCAGCAAUACAGAAAAAGUCAAGAUUUCCUGGAUCGACACUGAAGGGACCCUGCGUAUAAAGAUUUUUUUUAUUCGUGGAAUUUCACUUAGCCGGAUGCCCUUCCUGCUGUCAGCCUAGUUAUGUAGAUUGCUUUCAUUUCAUCUAUUGUUUUUAUAUAUUUUUUUUGUUAUCAGUUUUAUGGAAAAAAAUAAGGGAAGGAUAAGAAUAGAGAAUACUGGACACGGGAUAUUCAUUUUCAAUAUUAUUGUAAUAUCGUUAUGAUUUCUCGUACAUGAACAUCGAAAAUCAAAGUCAUGAGUUCAUUAAAGAAAAAGGUUCUCGAUUGUUUAAUAAGAAGUGUGUGAUCAUGAUUCGUAAUUAGUGUUGACGUUGUUGUGUUCUUAUUGUAAUUAUUGUCAUUAUUAUUGCUAUCGUCAUUAUCAUUAUUAUUUUUGUUGUAAUUAUCAUUAUCAUUAUUAAUUAUUAUUGUUAUUAUCGUUAUUAUAAUUAUUGCUAUCAUUGUUAUUAUUAUCAUUACUGCUAUUAUUAUUACCAUUAUAAUAAUUAUUAUUAUUAUUAUCAUUAUAAUAGCUAUUAUCAUUAUCAUUAUUACUAUUAUCAUUAUUAUUAUUAUUAUUAUUAUUUCUAUUAUUACUAUUAUCAUUUUUAAUAUUAUUAUCAUUACUAUCAAUAUUAUUGUUACUACUACUGCUGCUACCAUUAAUACAACUAUUUUUGUUAAAUAUAUGGUAAUAAACGAAAGAGAGAGAGAGAGAGAGAGAGAGAGAGAGAGAGAGAGAGAGAGAAAGAGAGAGAGAGAGAGAGAGAGAGAGAGAGAGAGAGAGAGAGAGAGAGAGAGAGAGAGAGAGAGAGAGAGAGAGAGAGAGAGAGAGAGAGAGAGAGAGAGAGAGAGAGCGAGGUGAGGAAGAGGGAGGAAGGAGAGGGAUAGGAAGAGAGAGAGAGAGAGAGAGAGAGAGAGAGAAGAGAAGUAAAAAGGGGAGAAACAGAGAGAGAGAGAAGAGGGAAUAAGAGGGAGAAACGAGAGCAAGAAGAGGAGGGAAGAAGAGAAAGGAAGAAAAAGAGGGAGGAAGAGAGGGGAAGAAGAAGGGUGAAGAAGAGAGAAGAGAGAAGAAAGGAGAGAAAGAGAGAGAGAGAUGAGAGAAUAAGAGGGAGAUGAGAGAGGAAGACGACGGGUGGAGGAAGAGAAAGGAAGAGGAAACCUAAGAGAGAAUGAGAAGAGGAGGAGAGGAAGAGAGAGAGAGAGAGAGAGGGAGGAGGAGAGACGAGAGCAGCAUCAGCGCCAUCUAUAUCUCUCUCCCACAAUUAAUCAUUUCCCUCGGAGAGCUUCAAUUCCUCUCCUGAUCCUCGAGGCUUUGCACAAGAUGCUCACCAUUAUUUUCAUCCGAGCAAAUCGAGGCGAUGGAUUCCUAAAUGAGAUAAAACAAGUAAUCAAAACAAAACAAAUAAACAUGGAUGGAUGGAAGGAUAGGACAAAUGCACAGAACAAAUAGAGAAACAUGGAUGAAUGGAUGGAUGAAAAUAAAAACAAAUGAAACGAAACAUAUAAAUAGGUUUGUUUGGAUGGAUGGAUG